GAAAGUGGACACUAGGUGUAAGGGAUGGGAUAGAACUAUGGGCAAAAUAUUGAAAAAAAUCAAAGGGGUGAGUUAUGAUUUGGAUGCAGAAGAAGGGAUGAUAUAUAUAUCAGGGAAAGUGGAUCCACAGAAGAUAUUAAGGAAGAUAACCAAACAUGGGAAACAUGCAGAACUUUGUUGGAUGAAAACAGGGGAUGAAAGGGCACAUGUCCCUUAUGGAGGGAUAAUGCCUUUGCCUUCUUUGCCUUAUGGGACGCCAUUGCCAUAUCAUGGAGGACACCACCAUGCUUACAACCGCCAUUUUCAGCCUCCCCCUCUUCCUCAUUUCAUGCCACAGCCUUUGCGUUUUCCUCCACACUAUUAUUAAAUCAGAUUUGUGGACUCUGCUUUGCACAGAAUCACAAUGUCUUAUGAAUGAUAUGGUGUUUUUUAAUAUUAUAAGAAGCCAUGUUAUUCGUAGGGACUAUGUGCAAGACAAGGGAGCCAUGUCUGGUUUAGUUUGAUAAUGGAUAGAUUAUGUUAGAUUAAGGUCUCAGUUAGGGUUAAUAUAUAGGAUGCUGUUAAUGUGGCAUAGGAUCGGCAAUCUUGUG